AUGCUUGAUGAUGUCAGUGACAGGCGGCGCGAACCUCACAUUGAAUUUUGCGGCCAGCAAGUCUUUGAAUGGUCGGACAUUCCGUCCGCCGUCUCCACCAUCGAUUGGUCUCCGACAAAUACCGCUUCCAUGAUUCUCCGUCAACUUUGCACCAAGGAUGGACAAUUACCGAUACUCACCGUGGCGGUUGGUUCGUCCAUCUUUUUCUAUGGCGUAGAUCAGCCCGACGACGAGUACGCGACCGUCUCAUUAAAGGAGCUGUAUACUUUGGAGACCGGUAUUCGUGGAACGAUAUAUCAGAUACGCGGUGUAUCGAAUUUGCUUGCCCUUGCUUCCUUGUCUUCUGACGGAUCGAAGCAUGAGUUAUCGUUUUGGGCGGAAAUGCGUACCAUGGAACCGCCCGCAUUAUUCACAUCAGUUAUCUUUGAGGACCGUAUUCGUGAUAUGGCAUGGUCCAUGUCUUCCGACGCCCAGUUUUUAUUAGCAGUGGCGUUUUCUUCACAUAUCGCGAUUUAUGGGGAGAAUAGACGGUCAGAUAUCAACCAUGAUGAACCGACAUGGACGUGCUACACUAUCUUUGAAGUGGACAGUCCGGCAGAUAUUGUAGGGGUCACAUGGGCAGACUAUGGUGUGCUAGCUGUCGCCGCUGGCAAUCAAAUCCGUUGCUAUCUUAAAUGGUUAACCGUUAAUGAUAACAUCAAAGGCUCUUUACGGUUGAAUCCGGAAGCAGAGCCCAUGUCCAAUAUCUAUGAUCUCUCGUACGAAAAAAACGGACCUUUGCCUCUCUACCAUCCGUAUCACCUGAUUCACUAUCUCAUGUGGGGAAAAAUGGAACUUAUAACACACGUCUUGUAUUCCUUGUACAAGUUUGUUCGGCAAACGAUUGAUGAAGAAAAUGUGACGGAGCAAGUGCCUCCACUAUCGGUAUCUGCUAUUCUCAAACUACAAAAUGUACAGUCGCAGCAACAGCCGCAUCAAGACUCGUCAGCACUGUUUGAUGACGAUGAUACAAGACUUGAUUUGGAUGAUCUUGGUCACGAUAGUCCACGUGCGUUGACCAGUUCAGAAUCCACUUUUCUCAUGAAACAUCUGAAACAAAAACGAUUAGCUGGAUUGUCCGAACGAGAACAAAUGCAUCUGGUGGCCAUGAUUGAUACCUUUGUGGAGAUCACCGCACACAACGAGGCAUUGGAUGAAAAUGGAGCGCGGUUUACGGCAUUGGUGGAAAAUCAUUUCCACUUGAACCAGAUCCUCCCCGCGGACCAGCGGCAGCCCGAUUUGACCUCGCGUGAUAUUGUAUGGGCACUGCACAGUCAGUCACAAGAUAUGCUUCUCGAACGGUGCAUGAAACUAGGUGGUAAAAACUUGAUGUGGCCAGAUGCCCGGUCGCUCGGCCUGGUCCUAUGGUUACAAAAAAUCGAUGUAGUGCGGGACCUGAUCGCCACCAUUGCUCGAAAUACGUAUUUAGCAAAAGAAGAGUUGAAAGAUCCCGUAGACUGCACGCUGUUUUACUUGGCGUUGAGAAAAAAGAACCUUUUGCAAGGACUGUGGCGAACCGCGAGCCACCACAAGGAACAGUCUGUGAUGCUCAAGUUUCUCGCCAAUGAUUUUUCCGAACCGCGAUGGCAGAAAGCCGCCGUCAAAAAUGCAUUUGUGCUGCUUGGAAGGCAACGAUUCGAGUACGCGGCGUCUUUCUUUCUACUGGCCGACCGUUUAAGGGAUGCUGUCAAUGUGAUACUGAAACAUAUGAAGGACAGUCAAUUGGCCAUUGCUAUCUGUCGUGUAUAUGAAGGCGACCACAGUCCUCUUUUGAAGGAUAUUCUUCAAAACACGGUGUUAUCCGAUGCCAUUGCUGCCAAUGACCGAUGGAUGGUGAGUGCCGCGUUUUGGAUGCUGAAUCGACCUAGCGAUGCUGUGCGUGCUAUUGUACUGCCGCUGUCUCAAUUUGAUGAAUCCGUGGAUACCCAUGAUCAAGCGUCGGUCGCGACCAUCACCGAUCCCAACUUGUUCAUCUUGUAUCAGCACAUGAAGAUUCAUGUUCAGCACCGGAACCAUGUCACGGUGGAUAUUCCUUACGAUGUCGAGUAUAUGUUUUACUUGCAAGUGUCACGAGCCUAUGAACGGUUAGGCUGUCCUCUCUUAGCGUUAUACAUCCUGGACCACUUUUACAUGAAACCGCCAUUGGCCGUAAAAGCAUCGCCACCCAUUACGGAAGAAAAGCCUUCCAGAGCAGCGGAUUUGUCUGCCGAUGAAAAUGACGAACCUUCCAGAGCGGCCAACAAGAAACCCGCCCGAGCGGUCGAUCUAUUUGCGGACGAGGACCCCAAACCGGCGCGAGCGGCGGAUUUGUUUGCCGAUGACGACGUUAAGCCGGCACGAGCGGCGGAUCUGUUUGGUGACAGUGAUGAUGAUUCGAAUAACCUCUUUAGUCGUAGCCGCUCCACGGGCCCUGUGGACCUGUUUGCCGAUUUGGAAACGACGACACCAAUACCGACCUACGAUGAUGACGAUUUAUUCGCCGAUUCUGAUCUCGGUUCGCAGGCAGCUUCUUCAGCAUCGGACGAGGCACCCAUGGAAAAGACAAAAGACGGCUUAUCAUCGUACAAGGCGUUACUGUUGAUGCGCAUGCUCCAGACGGUAUUCCACGCGGCUGCCACUCUUUACCAUACCAUACCCAUGGCGGAAAUCCAUCAAGAGCCCAAGUUUCAGGACGCAUUUUUAACGGAUCGGCAAGAUCUGAUCGAGUUGGGUGAAACGCUGGCGAUUGAUAGAACCAUGUUUUCCCGCCUGCUGAUGGAAAAGACGAUUGAAGUGGACGUUUUCCCGUUUUAUAUGAACAUCCUCGAUCAACACGUGCUAGAUGGUGGCGACGUGGGUUACUUUUUGCAAGCGUUCAAAACCUCGUAUUUCCAAAUCUGCGAACCCGUGCUCAUGCAGCGUGAGCUGACUGAUGUAUUGGCGACUUUUCACAUUUGGAGUCGCCUAAUGACGCAGCAUGAUACAUCGCCGAAAACGGCCCUGAUCGUGAACAACAUUGUAUUAAGCAGUUAUGUGUGCUCGAUUGUUACUACUUUGCAGCAGCGUCACUAUGAGAAAUCGUGGAAGCUGUUGUAUCAUCUACGGGAGCUGAUUGAAGCAGUGCUGGGUGGCGCGAACAAGCAACACGAGAUGGUCCGCCUUUUCACGAAAUUACAAACCCAGGAAACACCCAUGGUUGAAAUGAAUGCGGAAGACUUUGAUGCGUUCUCUGACGACAGCAUGUUUGGAUUUGAUCUCAAUGAAGAGAUAUAUAAACCACUUGUGGAUGCCCGAGACAAAUCUUCCGGAGCCUAUAUCAUGGAAGCGGCCUCGCUUAACCAUACAUUAUCGUUGCUGGAAAGCUGCAUGAAAACCAGCGCCAAAGCCACAGGGAUCAACAGUAAGGCUCUAUCACGUUUUUGUUGCAUGGGUGCUCACUGUUUUGUUGGACAGAUGAACUGGUCGAAUACAUCUGGACAAGCUUGCUGGAUCCGCUGGCGACCCGUGUCCAUUUUAUUAAAUCACUUUUGA